UUGGCGCAGCAACAAAACGCUCCCGGGCGCCUUCAAAGUGAUCGCCCUCGGACCAGUCAACGACGGGACUGUCGUCACCGUCCGGGCGGGAAACGAUGAAAACUGCUGCGCGGAGCUGCGGAACGCCUCCGCUGUAAUGAAGAAUAAAGUUGCCAAAUUUAAUGAUCUCAGAUUUGUCGGACGCAGCGGUAGAGGGAAAAGUUUUUCCAUAACGAUAACGUUGGACACGUCGCCACCAGAAGUCACAACUUACUGCAAAGCUAUCAAAGUUACUGUGGAUGGACCAAGGGAGCCGCGAUCCAAAACAAGUCCAAGUGGCGGACACCAACCUCACCAACCCCAUUUCCGAAGUAUGCAGUCAUACUCCGGACAUCACCACCACCAUCACCAAGGUACACCUUCGUCCGGGCGAAGCGUCUACAUCGACCAGCCUUUUGCGUCGCGCGACUACGAAUCGUCGGCGUCGCGAAAGCGAUCGCACGACGCGAUGACCGGAGGCAGCGGCGCUUCGUCCGUCGCGUCUAGGCACGACAACUUGCAGAACUCGGAUUGCCAUUCCACUAGCGAAUAUAAGCCGAAUGCAUCGAAUCUUACAGAAGGCAACCUGGUUGGCGCGAGUGAGUUAUUAGGUUACAACACUCCAGGCGCAGGCGGAGGCAUGGCCAACUCGUACCAUGGUGCAGCAGCUGCAGGAUUUGCAUCAUAUCCUACUCCAUUUGGCUACGAUGCGCCGAUAGAACACAGCGCCAUCCCCACAGUGUUGAGCGAAUCACUAUGUCCAAUUUCCGAUUACGGCAACUCGAGCGCCCACACGUCGCAGAAAUUGAUUUCAACGCAGCAGGCGACGGGUUCGGAGUACGACAGCUCCGUUCUGAUUCCUCGACCAUCUUACGAUCCUGCGACUGCUUCAGGGCACGCGUAUCCUUACGGAAACUCCGCAUAUCAGUACAACAACACAGCUUACCAGUACAACAAUCCCGCUUACCAGUAUAACGGUGGAUCAGGUACGAACGCGGCUAGCUGCGCCCAAGUGCAGUAUGCAGCAGGAGCGCCGCCUCCACCUCCUCCGCCGCCAACGAUUUUGUGUCCGACUUUGUAUAAUACGAUUAAUCAGAAUCAAAUACAUUUGCACGUGCACGGGUCGCAAAUGAAUAAGCUGGAUCAUUAUCUAAGCGGAGAAGGUGGUUUGGCUUUGAGCAGCGCGGCGCAGGCGGCAUCGAGGAGCAUAGAGAUAGGUAUAGUUGGGGCCGCAGCCGCCGCUUUGACCGACCAAGAGGCCCAUGCGGAUCCGUCUAGUGUUUGGAGACCGUAUACUGUGCAGUACUAG